CUCUUUCCGGGAGUAGGCGGGCCCGGAGCGGCACAGGCCGGCCCGGCCACAGCGGCGCGGGGGAGGCCGCAGCCCGGCCAUGCAGGCAGAGCGCGGCGGCAGCAGCCUGCCUCGCAGGGAGGGGGGCCGGCACGGCCGGCGGCGGCCCGGCGGCGCUGAAAGGGCGGCUGCGACCGAAAGGAGCGGCGGGCACGGGGACAGCCACGGCCGCGGAGGAAGCGGGUGCCGGGGAAGAGGCGGCGCUCACGGGCACCGAGGAGGCGGGGGCCGCGGCAGGCGAGAGCCUCCAGGCCGCGGGGCAGCGGCGCCGCCCGCCGCCCACUCCCACCGGCGGGCUGUCUCUGCAAUGGAAAAAGUAGAGGAGGAUGAUGAUACUGAAUCGCGAGAGGAAGAACUGAAAAGUUAUUCCAGAAGAAAGAUUUUUUCCAACUGGAGCCGCUAUGAGGAUACAGAUAAAGAGGGACAGAAUGAAAGUGGGGAAUCACAGAGAGGAACAGACUUCAGUGUUUUGCUUAGCUCAGCAGGAGAUUCCUUUGCACAGUUCCGAUUUGCUGAUGAGAAGGAGUGGGACAAAGAAAGCAUAUGCCAUAAGCAGUUAUCUGCACUUUCUGUUGACUGCCAGUCUUUGGUCCAGGCCCUUCAGGAAUUGCCUCUGCACCUGCGGCUGAAUGUAGCUGCUGAACUUGUGCAGGCGUCAACACCUGUAGAGCUCCCACAGAUGAAAUCUAAAUUUAUUGAAGAUGGCAAGAAGAGAGACCUUCUGUUCCGACAGUCUCGAAGUGAAACAGUGCUCGUCUCCCAUCCCGUUGGUGAUUCUGUUGCUCCAUCAGAGCCUGGACAUAAAAAUGGUCCUAGGGCAAGUGCAGCAGAACCAUUUCAGAGAGCUCAUCCACUAUCAAAGCAAGAGACUGACCAUUUGGAUGAAGAAUUAGAUAUUCUCCUAAAUCUAGAUGCUCCCAUUGAUACAGAAAACAGACCAGUGUCAGAUGCAUUAUCCCACAACACAGCAACUGAGAAAGAUUUGAAAAUGGAUUGUAAGGAAAAUGAUGUUUUAAAACUAGAUAUUCCUGAAGAGAAUACUGCAGCAUCACAACAACAGCAAAGUACAUCUAAAAAUGUUACUGAGGAAGAGCUUGAAGACUGGCUGGACAGCAUGAUUUCCUGAAGCUCAGAUUUUCUUGUGUGAAUAAUUGAAUAUAGCAAACAUUAAGCGGAAAGUUGGAGUUUUCUUUAUCUCCUUGUUAUUUCCUUCAUUUGUUUCACUUCAUUCAAUAUGCCAAAAGCCUGGUUUUCUCCACUGGCACUUAAAAUUCUGUGCAACCAAAAUUCAUUUAGAUGGGAUUGAAAAUUGUCUAAGACUAAUAUUCUUGGAACUGUCCAGAAUUUCUGUUGAAAUUAGGAUUUUCUUUGCUAAAGAUGCAGUCUACAACACACUAAGAGACUGGUUCUUUCAGCUUGUACUUGCUCUAUGUAGUCCUUAAAAUAAAGUUAUGAAUGAAUAAUGAA